CGGGGGCGGCGCGAUCCGCGCGAUCGGACCAGCCGGGCCGAGGCGAUAGCCCUGACUUUCUCCUUGAUGACGCUGUUGGAAUUUCAUUCGGACACGCCAAGUACUCACGGCGCUGCGAUCUACCAUGGAGCCCAUCUCCCCGCUCCUGCUGGCCAGCUUUAGCUUGCCACUGGCCAAAGCCCUCCACAACAACGAGACCACCACAGCCAAUGGCAGUUGGACCCCCAGCACAUCAGGCCCCCCUGAGCCCGGUGCCCCCUUGCCCCUGCUGGCCUGGCUGCUGCUGCCGCUGCUGUGUCUGCUGGCACUGCCCCCGGCCGCCUACUUCUGCAGGUUCCGGAAGCACCGGAAAGCCGUGGUCAGCGCCAGCGACAAGAAACUACCCAAUGGGCUCUUGGAGGAGCAAGAGCAGCAGCGGGUCAUGCUCCUCAGCCGCUCCCCGUCAGGCCCCAGGAAGUUCUUUCCAAUCCCUGUGGGGCUCCUGGAGGAGGAGAUCCGUCUGCGCUCAGCUGAUGAUGGCAAACGCUUCCGUGAGGAGUUUAAUUCGCUGCCUUCAGGACACAUACAGGGGACAUUCGAAGUGGCCAAUAAGGAAGAGAACCGGGAGAAGAACCGAUACCCCAACAUCCUUCCCAACGAUCUCUCCAGGGUAGUCCUGAGCCCCGUGGAUGGGUCUUCUGGCUCCGACUACAUCAAUGCCUCCUACAUCGAUGGCUACAAAGAGAAGAAUAAGUUCAUCGCCGCUCAAGGCCCCAAGCAGGAUACAGUCAAUGACUUCUGGCGCAUGGUCUGGGAGCAGAAGGCGGCCACCAUCGUGAUGCUGACGAGCCUGAAGGAACGGAAGGAGGAGAAGUGUUUCCAGUACUGGCCUGACCAGGGCUGCUGGACCUAUGGCCACAUCCGGGUGUGUGUGGAAGACUGCGUGGCGCUGGUGGACUACACCGUCCGCAAGUUCUGCGUCCAGUCGCAGCUCCCCAAUGGCACCAAAGUCCCGAGGCUGGUAUCACAGCUGCACUUCACCAGCUGGCCCGACUUCGGGGUCCCCUUUACCCCCAUCGGGAUGCUCAAGUUCCUGAAGAAGGUGAAGGCGCUCAACCCGCCCCAUGCUGGCCCCAUCAUCGUGCACUGCAGCGCGGGUGUGGGCCGGACGGGCACCUUCAUCGUCAUCGAUGCCAUGAUGGACAUGAUGCAGGCGGAGCAAAGGGUGGACGUGUUCGAGUUCGUGUCAAGGAUCCGCAGCCAGCGCCCACAGAUGGUGCAGACAGAUAUGCAGUACACGUUCAUCUACCAGGCCUUGCUGGAGCAUCACCUGUAUGGGGACACUGAGAUGGACGUGUCCAGCCUGGAGAGGCACCUGCAGGCGCUGCACAGCCCCACCCCCCACUUCCACAAGCUGGGGCUGGAGGAGGAGUUUCGGAAACUGACCAACGUCCGGAUCAUGAAGGAGAACAUGCGGACGGGCAACCUGCCGGCCAACAUGAAGAAGGCCCGUGUGAUACAGAUCAUCCCGUAUGAUUUCAACCGCGUGAUCCUGUCCAUGAAGAGGGGCCAGGAGCACACGGACUACAUCAACGCGUCCUUCAUCGAUGGCUACCGGCAGAAGGACCACUUCAUCGCCACUCAGGGCCCGCUGGCGCACACGGUGGAAGACUUCUGGAGGAUGGUGUGGGAGUGGCGGUGCCACACGGUCGUCAUGCUGACAGAAGUGCAGGAGCGGGAGCAGGACAAGUGCUACCAGUAUUGGCCUUCUGAUGGCGAGGUCACACAUGGCGAUGUGACCAUCGAAGCCCGGAGUGACGUCCUCACGGAUGGCAUUAGCAUACGAGACUUUCUGGUCACAUGCAAACAGCCCCCUGGCCGCCAGGAGGAGGCGCCCCGCACAGUCCGGCAGUUCCACUUCCAUGGCUGGCCCGAGAUCGGGGUGCCAGUCGAGGGCAAGGGCAUGAUCGACCUCAUCACAGCUGUGCAGAAGCAGCAACAGCAGACAGGCAACCACCCCAUCACCGUGCACUGCAGUGCUGGCGCAGGGCGCACUGGUACUUUCAUUGCACUCAGCAACAUCCUGGAGCGUGUGAAAGCAGAGGGGCUCCUGGACGUCUUUCAGGCAGUGAAAAGCCUAAGGUUGCAGAGGCCGCACAUGGUGCAGACCCUGGAACAGUAUGAAUUCUGCUACAAAGUGGUACAAGACUUUAUUGAUAUAUUUUCUGAUUAUGCUAAUUUCAAAUGAGAACUCCUGCCUUAAAAUAUUUUUUAAUUUAAUGGUCAGUAUAUUUUGUAAAAAAGAAGUCAUGUUAAUUUAUUUCAUGGUUCCCAUUAAUAUCUUCCUAAUUUUCUUGUAUAUAUUUUGUUAUGUGUUUAAGGCCACGUACUGUAAUGUUAUUAUGAAACCUCUUUUAAAAAUCUGAAAUAACAUAUUAAGGUCACAUAAUAAUACCCCAUCUGCUA